AUGUCAGAUCCCAAAAGCUACACAGUCGGCUGGAUAUGCGCGCUGGAAACUGAGCUUGUCGCAGCAGCCUCGUUCCUAGACGAGGAACAUGACGACCCCGACUAUUUGCCAGUAAACGAUAACAAUGCAUACGUUCUUGGUCGAAUCGACAAGCAUAACGUUGUUAUGGCUGCGUUGCCCAAUGGGCAAUACGGCCUGGUUACAGCCGCAACUGUCGCCCGUGAUAUGGUUCGAAGUUUCCCUAACGUGAGAAUUGGACUAAUGGUCGGCAUCGGUGGCGGAGGAUCAUGUUUGAAGCACGAUAUUCGUUUGGGUGACAUUGUAGUCAGUUGCCCCAGCUCCGGCUCCAGCAGCGGCGGCGUGUUCCAGUAUGACUACGGCAGAGCUAUUCAAGAUUCGAGGUUCAUCGUUACUGGCCAUCUUAAUCAACCACCACAGUUCAUGUUGGCUGCUUUAAAUACUCUCAAAGCCCAGUACAGACGCCGAGGUAACGAUAUUGAAAAAGCCAUCAAGGAUGUUCUUGCAAGCAAUACAAGGCUGCAAGCAGAUUUCAAAAAGCCAGAUCCCAGCACAGAUAGGCUCUAUAAUACUGGCUAUAAGCACGCUGGAGUAAAAGAACAAGAGUGCACAACCUUGUGCGAUGCUUCAGAGCUCGCUCGCAGUCCGGAGCGAUCAGAGGACCGGGACAACCCGACAGUCCAUUAUGGAAUCAUUGCUUCAGCAAACCAACUCAUGAGGGACGCCAACCUGCGUGAUAAGCUUUCGGCUGAACACGAUAUCUUGUGUUUCGAGAUGGAGGCUGCCGGGCUCAUGAAUCAGUUCCCUUGUGUAGUGAUCCGCGGUAUUUGCGAUUAUUCCGAUACGCACAAGAACAAGGAUUGGCAAGGUUAUGCAGCCAUGGCAGCAGCUGCCUACGCAAAAGACCUCCUCCGUAAAAUCGCGCCUAACAAGGUGGAGGCCAAGAGAAAAUUGACCGAUUUUCUUUCCGAUGUAAAAGAAGAAAUCCACGAAAUGUCCAUUGCAGUUGAUGUCGCCAAAUCGAGCUUACGUACUGCCCAAGAAGAAAAGCAUUUCGAAAAUGUGACCAAAUGGCUUGCUGCGCCUGAGGUCUCAGGUAACCUCAACAAAGCCCGCGAGGCUCGCCACCCAGGUUCGGGGCAACGUUUGAUCGAUGAAGAAGCCUACCAAGAAUGGAAAAUUCGACCAAACUCUUUCCUUUGGUUGUUUGGGAUUCCAGGAUGCGGCAAAACAAUCCUCACCUCCACCGUAAUCGACGAUCUUCUUGCAAGCGCUAAUCACUCGCAAGCGCUUUUCUAUUUCUACUUCGACUUUACCGAUACCCGGAAGCAAACAUUCGAGAACUGUGUGCGUUCUCUCCUGGACCAAUUGUAUCACAUCAACGUGCGAUCUCGGAAAGAAGUGGAUGCUUUGUACGCAUCUUGUAAAAACGGCAGAGAACAGCCUAGCAAGAGUUCCAUUCAAGAGACUUUCGCUAAGAUAGUCAAAAGUGGCGAGACAUGGCUUGUUCUCGAUGCACUUGAUGAAUGCAAAGUCCGAGACGACUUGCUUCUCUGGCUGGGAGAUCUUCGAAGCGACGAGAUGAACCUCCAUGUCGUUGCAACGAGCCGACCUGAACAGGAUAUCCAGACAUCUAUGAAGCAAAUAUGUCGCAGUGAAAAGGAGAAAAUCGCAAUUCACGAGGAUCUUCUGAAGGCAGAUAUCCAAAAUUACGUACACGCAAUCAUCAAAGAGCACGAAGAUUUCCGUGUCUGGAGGUCACUGCCCAACAUCCAAGAAGAGAUUGAGAUCAGUCUCGUCAGUAAGUCCCAUGGGAUGUUCCGUUGGGUCUGGUGCCAAAUCGGUGCUUUGAAAAGAUGCCGUGACCCUAUAGCACUUCGAAAAGCACUUGCGUCGCUUCCGAAGGAUCUGGACGACACAUAUUCACGGAUACUUGGCAAUGUUCCGUUGGAACAUAUCGAUCAGACCCUGCGAAUCUUGCAAUUUCUUACAUACUCGGAACGUCCGUUGCGAAUCGAUGAAGCUGUGGACGCGAUCGCGGUUCAGGUCGGCCCUAAUGUGGGGCAGGGUUCCCGCUUCAGUCUUGGUGACAGAAUGCCGGAUCCGAAUAAUAUCGUGGGAUAUUGUUCUAGCCUUGCCGUUAUUGUUGAGAGAAAACACCGUAAUUUGAUUGUUCAAGAGAUCCAACUAGCACAUUUCUCAGUCAAGGACUAUCUUACUUCAGACCGGCUAGAAAGCAAAUUUGCUCGAUACUUCCAGGAAAUAUCUGCCCGAAGCUCUAUAGCAGAUGUCUGCUUAGCAUAUCUUUUGGAACUUGAGCCUCAGAUGGUCGAAGUGAUCACGAACACAUUCCACUUUGCAGAGUAUUCGGCGAGAUACUGGGCAAGCCAUGCCCAUGUUGUCGAAUAUCAUAGCCAGCAAACAUUUGAGCUCGCAGCAGAGCUAUUUCUUGACCGUUCUCGAAUAAAAAUGUGGUUGCUACUCAGCGACUCGGACGAGAAUAGAAUCUUGGAGUACGGUCGGCCCAUCCUGGCACCUUCCCUAUACUUUGCGUCACUCGUAGGACUACCACGCUGUUCGAAAAUGCUAUUGGACCAAGGUGCGGACGUGAACGCGCCGGGUGGCAAGUACGGCACUGCGCUUGAGGCUGCCUCUGCUAAAGGUCACAAGGAUAUCGUCAGCAUCUUGCUGGAUAAAUAUGCGGACGUCAACACGGAGAGCAGGGGCUACGGCACUGCGCUUGAGGCCGCCUCUGCUGAAGGUCACAAGGAUGUCGUCGACAUUCUGCUGGAGAAAGGAGCGGACGUCAACCCUUCAGAUGAGUUUACUCCACUGGGAUCAGCUGCGUUUCACGGGCACAAAGAAAUAGUAUGCUCACUUCUUGACAAGGGUGCAAACGUCGAUGCGAUGAUUGCUUCAGCUUCAGACAGAACACCACUAGCAUUGGCAGCUGCACAAGGUCAUGAAGCCGUGGUACGCAUCCUUUUAAAACACGGUGCUGCGGUUAACGAUAAGAAUGGAGCGCGUAUGCUGUUCGAUGUCGUCGAGGGCCAAUAUUUGGAGAUUCUUGAGUUACUCCUUGGUGCUGGUGCAAACUAUCUAGCUACAGAUGAUUAUGGUCGAUCGCUUCUCACGUGGGCAAUUAUCCUCAAUCAUUGCAGAGUAGUGGAUUUUCUACUCGACGUGUCUGGCUUCGAUAUAAGCACAAGAGACCAUUGGGGCGCAACGGCAAUAUCUUUUGCUGCUCGAUACGGACGUUCGGCAAUCUUUCGAAAACUCGCAGUUUCGUCCAGUGUUGACCUGCACGUGGCAGAUGACUUUGGUCGGACACCUCUCUGGUGGGCCCGAAAACAAGGGCAUGACGACAUAUCAAGUGCUAUCGUUCAGCAUCGUCACUUGCCUACGAACGAGGAAACGAACAUUGUUAUGUCUGCAUGGCUCAUUUAA